AUGAAGCCCGGCUCGAACGCCCCUCGCGAAGGCAUCUGGUGGUCUAACGGGUUGUUUUUCGUCGCCACGCAUAUCGCCGCGGCCCUAGGCGUCUGGUAUCACCCGCCGGCACGGGCAAUGCCCCAGUCUCUUUGGCUCGCGGUCUUCCUGUGGCAGGCGGCGUCCAUGGGAGUCACUGUCGGUUAUCACCGACUCUAUUCGCAUCGCGCCUUCCGCGCGACGCUCCUUGUCCGGUCGAUUUUGGCGCUGCUGGGAGCAAGCGCCUUCCAGGGGUCCAUCAAGUGGUGGUGCUUGAGACAUAGACUGCAUCAUAGGUUCACAGACGACCCUCUUCAUGACCCGUACGCUGCUACGAGGGGUCUCUUCUGGAGUCACAUGGGAUGGAUAUUCUUCAAGUCGCAAUAUGAGCGGAUGAAGACAAUCGAGCGCGAUGAUUUGGAGAAAGACCCAGUGGUUCAAUUUCAGCACCAAUACUACGUUCCUCUCGCGCUCAUUACGGGCUUCAUCGCCCCACCGGCAAUUGGGCUCGCGUGGGGGGACCCUCUCGGCGCCUUCGUGUAUGCGGGACUCGUUUCGAGGUUGCUGAUCUGGCAUUGCACCUUCCUUGUAAAUUCGCUCGCCCAUUGGGACGGACUGCAGCCGUACUCCGAUGAUAACACCUCCAAGUCCAAUCUGGUUCUUGCCCUUUUGACAUGCGGGGAAGGGAACCACAACUUCCACAGUUUUCCACACGACUUCCGAUCAGGUCCGUCGCCGUUCGACUGGGACCCGUCCAAGUGGGCUAUCAUUUUGCUCCAUCGCCUCGGGCUUGCCUCGGGUCUCCGGCGGGCACGUGUAGACGAGAUCAAAGCAGCGAGGGACUACAUGCGUCAGAAAGAGGAGUAUGGAUCUUCCUCGCAGUACGAUCCUUUGUCGAUUUCGGAGACAUCAUCCACCCCCGGUAACACCGAUUACGAGAGUGACCAGUGGGACGGCGAGUAUUGGACUCGAAAGCGAGCCAUCGAGUACGCGACGCAGCAGAGCCGUUGUGUCAUCGUGCUCGGCGGCUAUGCGGUCGACGUGACUCGGUAUCUUACUGAACAUCCCGGUGGAGCGGCCCUUCUGCGACGAUACGCGGUCGGCAAGAUGGAUGACGAUGCAAUGGGAAAAGACGCGGGGCAAGACGCGGACUGGGCCUUCCAUGGAGGCAUCAACAAACAUUCUCAGGCAGCGAUGAGGCGCAUGCGCAAGCUCCGUGUGGCAAAGAUACAAUGA